GCCGUCAGACUCGCGUCGCGUCGUGGCGCCCCCACGGCGGCACGGCCACAUCGCCGACUUCUCCUCGGUUCCUCCGCACCCGCACGCGGCACGCUUCCUCCCCCGCGCCCACCCGUCGCCGUGAUCGCCAGAGCGUUCCCCUGCCGCGCUGUUCGGCCCGUUCCACUCCAGCGAAGCUUCCAGCAGAGGCGGCCGCCGGAUCGAGUCUCUGCCGCCGAGGAGUCGAAGACCAUGGAAGUGGUGGCGUCGGCGCCGGGGAAGGUGCUCAUCGCGGGAGGAUACCUCGUGCUGGAGCGCCCCAACGCCGGCCUGGUCCUCAGCACCACCGCCCGCUUCUACGCCGUCGUCCGCCCCAUCCGCGACAGCCUCCCCGCCGACUCCUGGGCCUGGGCGUGGACGGAUGUGAAAGUGACUUCCCCUCAGCUCUCCCGGGAGGCCACAUACAAGUUGUCUCUAACGAAAUCGACACUGCAAUUGACGUCUGCAAGGGAAUCUACAAACCCUUUUGUUGAGCAGGCCAUACAGUUCUCCGUAGCAGCUGCUAAAUCGAUCAUCACUGAUAAGGACAAGAAGGAUGCUAUAGAUAAGCUGCUGUUGCAAGGUCUGAACAUUACAAUUCUUGGUUGCAAUGAUUUCUAUUCUUAUAGAAAGCAGAUCGAAGCACGUGGUCUUCCUCUUACUACGGAGGUAUUGCUUUCAUUGCCUCCAUUCUCUUCAAUUACAUUUAACUCAGAGGUUGCUAAUGGAACAACGACUGGAGAGAAAUGUAAACCUGAAGUAGCCAAAACUGGACUUGGGUCAUCAGCUGCCAUGACCACAUCAGUUGUUGCAGCUCUUCUUCACUACCUUGGUGCUGUUAACCUUUCAUGUCCGGGACAACCUUCCGGUGAUAAUGCAACUGGACGAGGUCUUGACUUGGUUCACGCUAUUGCCCAAAGUGCACAUUGUAUAGCACAAGGGAAAAUUGGAAGUGGUUUUGAUGUUAGUGCUGCUGUCUAUGGGAGUCAACGCUAUGUAAGGUUUUCUCCAGAAAUACUCUCCUCGGCUCAGGCUACAGGUGGGACUUUCUUGCCAGAUGUAGUAUCCGAUAUUGUUACACAAAGGUGGGAUCAUGAGAAUAAACAGUUUUCAUUACCCCCUCUGAUGACCCUUCUCCUUGGGGAACCUGGAACCGGAGGAUCAUCUACUCCAUCAAUGGUUGGAUCUGUGAAACGGUGGCAGAAGUCUGACCCUGAGAAAUCCAAAGAUACAUGGAGUAAACUGGCCAUUGCCAAUUCAGCGCUGGAGAACCAACUGAGAAUCUUAAAAGGACUUUCUGAAAAUCACCGGGAGGCAUAUGAGUCUGUAGUGCGGUCCUGUAGUCAUCUCACAUAUGGGAAGUGGACAGAGGUGGCUACUAACCAAGAUCAAGAAUUAAUUGUUAGAUCAUUGUUGGCUGCAAGGGAUGCUUCCCUUGAGAUAAGGCUUCACAUGCGAGAGAUGGGUAUAGCAGCCGGUGUUCCAAUUGAGCCAGAUUCACAAACACAGCUACUAGAUGCCACUAUGAAUAUGGAGGGUGUUUUACUGGCUGGAGUUCCUGGAGCUGGUGGUUUCGAUGCAGUAUUCUCAGUGACUUUGGGGGAUGCAAAUAAUGCUGUAGCAAAUGCUUGGAGCUCAGCUGGCGUUCUGCCACUUCUUGUACGAGAAGACUGCCGUGGUGUUUCAUUGGAAGAUGCUGACCCAAGAACAAGGGAGGUCUCAGCAGCUGUAUCGUCCAUUCAGAUUAAUUGAUUCUACUGUUAAUAGUUCUAUUUAUGUAUGUAUGGUGUACCAUUAUUUAUUAUCUCGUUCUUUUAGAAGUACCAAAUUGUGCCGAAUGCUAGGAGGUACGUGGUUAAAAUAAGUGCUGCACUUGCAGCAGGAUAGCACGUUAUUUACAACGACUGUUCAUGAGUGUAGAAAAUAAGGAAUUCUAGGGAUUUCCAUGGAAUUAGUGCUUGUAGCUAUGGAAUAUACGUGAGGAAAUGUCAAGCUAUUCAAUCAACAAACUCAUACUGUAAACCUUGUAUUUGCAACUGUUUAACAUGGUUUGUAUGAUAAUUCAGCAUGUGUUAGUGUUUGAAAGGAGGUGUGGGUGUGGUUUAUAUGAUGAUGGUGUUUGAUAUUUGACCUUAUCCUAUGAUAGGCCGUGCUUUGGCUUCCGGGUGAAGAAACAGAGGGCGUAUAACUGUGGAAUGAAGAAAUGGCCAGAGUCCAAAGGCUUUUCAUUUUGAUUUUUGAGGUCGUGGGCUAUGAUUUGGCUUUGGAUACCGGAUGUGGCCACUGCCCAGCUGGGUAGAAUGUUGCCUAGCGUGCAAAUGCUUUCCUCCUGCCAGUGGUACUAUUCGCCAAUCAAUCGAUUCGAUUUGUUCCUAAGAUAGCCAAGGUAUUCCUCAAUUAGUCAAUUUGGCACCUCUUACAUAAAUCAGUGGAAACUAUUGCCUUCACUGAAGGUUAUAAGCAGCUCCUGGGUGUCACUCUUACAACUUUUUUGACCUUUGACUUGUGUUAGGAGUGAAUGUAAAUGAACAAGAUUUGGAAAAACAAUCAAUUCCAUUGAUCUCGUUGAUAUA